GAUGCUCACUCGAUCUUCGAGCUGAAAGAGUUCCUCAUGAUCGGCCUUGGUUUCACGGUGCCGUGCCACAGCGACAGCCACUUCGGCGUGGGCGACCAGUUUGCGUUCGCGAAGCAUCGCUCAGACCUGAUCGAGCUUCUCGACGAGCCUAUGUCAGGCACCAUCGUUCUGAGGCGCCAGCUGGCGGCUGCCGCCACCGCCAGGCCGCAGCACGAGAAGGAGAAAGAUGAGCCGUCCAGCAAGCGCCGUCGCGUCAACCAUCAGAAGAUGGCCCUGGCAAUCGUGAGCGCAACGAAGGAGGAGUCCGUCAGGAUGAGGGGUGACACCGACGGUGCCACGCGGCCUCUUGUCAUCUUCGACGACAUGGCCUGGCUUGCGUUCGGGUCCCUCGACCAGGUUUCCAAGAGCAAGAUCGACAUGGAACUGGUGCGGAAGGUCAUUGCAGCUUGCUUUAAGUUCGUGUUCUACAAGAGCACGAGCUUCGACGGCGAGGUGUUCGAUAAAUACUCCGACAUGCGGAAGGCUUUGCACGCGAAGAUCGUAGAGGCUCACCUUACAGAUAUCGCUGCAGUGCGGUUCCCUAAAGAUGACAAGAACACUGGCGCCGACCCGACGAAGGUGGAUGACGUCCUGAGCCUCUGUGAAUCCAAUCGGGCCAAGUCGGUCAACGAGACUGCGGCAGUCGAGUCCGUCGGCGCCGCGCCCGCGGUGCCAGUGAAGUCACGGUCGGAGCUCCUCGCGGACUUCGCGAAGGAGGCGCAGCAAUGCCAAGGCUGGAUCUUCGACCUCUAUGAGUCGAAGAACUGCUGCAAGGACACGUUCCCGCGGGCCACCGAAGACAUUAAGUCUUGGGCGGGGAAGCAGCAGACGCUUUUGAUGGCCAACGUCGGCGUGGUCAGCCAGCUUGGUAGGCCAGCGGAUGCGAAGAAGAUAUCACUCGGCCAGCUCGCCAGCAUUGCAGCCAACAAGUUCAUCGACAUGCACAAUGAGCCCGCGAAUGUGUACGUGGCUAUGUUGGCAAAGCUGUACCGAGAGAGCGUGGACUCGACCAGCGCCGAGUCGAAGGUGGCUGCGACAAAAUUGUACGAUCAAUUGACCAUCGCCUUCGACGACGACGGAACUGAAUACCGCGACCUGGUGGUGAAUAUGGUUAACCAGAGGAACCUUUACAUCAUCGAAGUGAUCAGAUUUAACGGGGCAGGGGUGAACCGUUAUACCGAGUUGGAUGCCGCCGAGUACGUCUCCAAGCUCAGGGUGGUUCAAGCAUCAGGUGCCCUGGGUGUCGUCGAUAUGUGCUUGAAGCGCUCCCACUACGAGUCUGGAUGGGCAACGAUUAUGGGCGUUAUCGCAUCAGUGGCUGACGUCAGCAAGCAUGAUGAAGUUGGUCAGACUCUCUGCGCAUCUCUGUUGUCCAAAGGGUUCCUGGAUCCGAUCUGUGGAGUUCUCAUGGGCGUGGCCGCGAACAGUCUCAAGGCAACUGAGGUGCAGGACUCCGUGGACUCCGUGGCUGUCGAGUCGACUGCCGAGUCCCAGGUGCCCGAGUCGCUCCCGUCCGUUGCUGCUACCCCGCCGCCUAAGGCUUCCACGACGGACUUGACGAAGAACACGCCAGAUGACAAGCACCCGCAGGACCACGUGGUAGCUAUCUCGUCAGUGAGGGCCCGCGCCAUCCCCGACUUGGAGGGGCCUUUGUGCAGGCUGUACCACUUUGCGAAGUUCCUGGAGUCGCACAUCUGGGCGAUCACCCAGCUCUCGAACCAGAUGCGAUUGGGAGGGGUGUCUCCCGAUACGCCGCUGGACAAGAUCUACAUGGAUGAGACGGGCGCUGGCAAGAAGAUCUGGCUCAAGACGCCCGUCAAGAACGUGUGCCUCAACUACGUCGGCAACGUCAGCAUGAUGCCCACGGUCGGCAGCGUCUGGGUCGCCAAAUUCUGGGGCGUGGACUUCUACGUGAACGGCCACGGGUUCCGUGACCUCUAA